GGUGAAGCGAAACCCCGCCCUCGAGUCUCCUGCAGCUGCCGGAGGGAAGGAUCUUUAAGUUUCCUCGCCAAAGGGAACAGAAAGAGACCAGGAGAGGAGAGAGAGCCGGCUGCGCUCGGAGCGGGUUUCCCGCUGCUGCCCUCGCGCCAAGCCUCUCUCCCCGGGGAGUCAGGCGCCGCGAGUUGGCACCCACUUCCCUUGGCAGAGUCUCCAGAUCUGGGUCUUUGGGUGGCCGUGGUUUCUGCUGCGCUGGGGCUGGCGGGGAAGGAGCGCGAUGUCGAAGAAGAUCGUCCUCAAUCUCCCGGCCCUCUCCUUCACAGCUCCCCCCAGAAAGGGGGACGACGAGGGCAGCAUUUUCCCCGCGACGCGGCUGCCCAAAGCGGGUCCCUCGCUCUUUCUGGAGCCGCAGCCUUGGGCGAUUCACUGCGCCGCGCUCCUCCUUCUGGGCACCUUGCUGGACUUGCGAGACGAGGACUGGAGGAAAUUCAAGGGCGAACUCCUCAGAUUCCCGGUCAAGGAGGGCGUCGGAAGAAUCCCCAAAAGGUUGCUGAGGGAAGCCGAUGCUCGGCAGCUCAGGGAUCUAUUAAUCCACUACUACGGUGAGGCUUAUGCCGUGGAGGUGACGGCGCUGGUGCUGCAGGCGAUGGACUACAAGCCCCCGGUGGGCUCUCUCUUUGUUUUCAUCAGGCUAAUAAGGAUUACACAUUUAUGCCUGCUGGUCACCCUGAAAACCUUGAAGGAGUCAGAUCUGAAGCAGUUCAAGGAUAAACUCAGCGUGUUCCCCUUCAAGGAAGGCUAUGUCAGUAUCCCCAAGGGGUUGCUGGAGGAAGCAAAUCUUUGGGAGCUCACAGAAUUGCUGCUUACAUACUGUGCUGAGGAUUAUUCUGUGGAGGUGGUGUCAGAGGUGCUGAAGGCCAUUGAAUGUGAGCCCUUGCCAGAAUGGCUCUUUCGUCUCAUCGGGAAAGCAGAGCAACCCGCCGAAACACAUGUUUCAAGGCAUCGGACAGCUGUAGUAUUGUCUUCAAAAAUUAUUCAAGGUCUGGAGGAGCUGCUUUCAUCAGAAAGAGCCACCAAAGGGUCAUUGAAAAGAUACGCAUUCUUUAGUGAUGAGAUGAUCUGCAAGGGAGAGAACAGUUGAUUGAAAUUCUUGAAGAGGACCUAGACUUCGUUUUGCAC